GGAGGAGGACGGGGGCAGUAAUGAGCGCAGCAACUCCAAACAAUGACAACAAGAGAAGGAGAAGAAGGCUGCAGAGCUUGCACAAACAGUUCGAGUCACAGCCUCGGUGUACUUUAUCACUCUGAAGCGUUGUUGAAACGUUGUAACAGCGUUGUUAAAGCGUUGCCUCUGUGCUCCGUCCUCCUCUCUGUUGAACUUCGCUGACAAUGGGACGGAAGGUGACCGUUGCAACUUGCUCGUUGAAUCAGUGGGCUCUGGACUUUGAAGGCAACCUGGACAGAAUACUGCAGAGUAUCGACAUCGCUAAGAGUCGUGGAGCCGCGUACAGACUGGGCCCAGAGCUGGAGAUCUGCGGGUACGGCUGCGCAGACCACUUCUAUGAGUCAGACACUUUGCUCCACAGCUUCCAGGCCCUGAGGAAGCUUCUGGAAUCUCCCAUCACCCAGGACAUCAUCUGUGACGUGGGGAUGCCCAUCAUGCAUCACAACGUGCGCUACAACUGUCGGGUCCUGUUCCUCAACAGAAAGAUCCUGCUGAUCAGACCUAAAAUGCAGAUGGCUAACCACGGGAUCUACAGAGAGGUGCGCUGGUUCUCACCAUGGAACCAGUUGAGGAAAGUGGAGGAGUACUUCCUGCCCAGAAUGAUCCAGGAGGUAACGGGGCAGGACACAGUGCCAUUCGGUGACUGUGUACUAUCCACAAAGGACACGUGCAUCGGCACAGAGAUGUGUGCCGAGCUCUGGAACCCCAGAAGCCCUCAUAUUCAGAUGGGUCUGGACGGGGUUGAGAUCUUUACCAAUUCGUCUGCGAGCCACCACGAGCUCCGAAAAGCUGACCAAAGAGUCAACCUAGUCAAGUCAGCCACCACCAAGAGUGGAGGUAUAUACCUGUACGCCAACCAGAGGGGCUGCGAUGGAGACCGCGUCUACUACGAUGGCUGUGCCAUGGUGGCCAUCAACGGAGACAUUGUGGCACAGGGAGCGCAGUUCUCCCUCAGUGAUGUGGAGGUGAUUACAGCUACUCUCGACCUUGAGGAUGUGCGUAGCUACAGAGGAGAGCUGUGUCAGCCGAACCUGGAAAGUGAACCCAGACCAUGCCACAGGGUCAAAGUUGACUUCUCUUUAUCCAGUGGUGACGACAUCUACCUCCCCACCCACCAACCAAUAACAUGGCACUUUCAUACACCGGACGAAGAGAUCAGUCUAGGGCCGGCCUGCUGGCUGUGGGACUACCUGAGGAGAAGUGGACAGGCUGGUUUUCUGUUGCCUCUGAGUGGAGGCGUGGACAGCUCCUCCACAGCCUGUAUUGUCCACUCCAUGUGUGUGCUCGUCUGUCAGGCCAUAGAGGACGGCAACAGACGGGUACUGGAGGAUGUUCGCAGAGUGCUAGGAGACGACUCCUACUGUCCUCAGCACCCAAGAGAGCUGUGCGGCCUCAUCUUCACCACCUGCUACAUGGCGAGUGAGAACUCCUCUGAGGACACACGCGGCAGGGCCAAAGACCUGGCCAAUCAGAUCGGCAGCACGCACAUGAAUAUUAACAUAGACCUGGCAGUGAAAGGCAUUCUGGGUAUCUUCUCGGUGGUUACUGGGAGGUUGCCUCAGUUUCGUGUCAAUGGAGGAAGCCACAGAGAAAACCUGGCUCUGCAGAACGUUCAGGCUCGGGUCAGGAUGGUCCUGGCCUACCUGUUUGCCCAGCUGAGUCUGUGGGCCCGAGGGAAACCAGGCGGAUUGUUGGUGCUGGGUUCAGCCAAUGUAGAUGAGAGUCUGACAGGAUACUUCACAAAGUACGACUGCUCCAGUGCAGACAUCAACCCAAUAGGAGGCAUCAGCAAGACGGACCUGAAGAGCUUCCUGCUUCACUGUGUGGAGCAGUUCCAGCUCACCUCUCUGAGAGGCAUCCUGGCUGCACCGCCCACAGCUGAGCUGGAGCCACUGACAGACGGACAGGUGUCACAGACAGACGAGGCCGACAUGGGGAUGACCUACUCUGACUUGUCAGUGAUUGGACGACUGAGGAAGAUCUCCAAGUGUGGCCCCUUCAGCAUGUUCUGUAAACUCAUUCACAUGUGGAAAGAUGCGCUCUCAGCCACAGAGGUGGCCCAGAAGGUGAAGCACUUCUUUCGGAUGUACUCAGUGAACCGCCACAAGAUGACCACGGUGACACCGUCCUACCACGCCGAGAGCUACAGUCCUGACGACAACCGCUUCGACCUCCGACCUUUCCUCUACAACACACGCUGGACCUGGCAGUUCAGGUGCAUCGACAACCAGGUGGCUCAGAUGGAAGCAAACACUCCAAAGCAGUGACAGCCUGAGGUCUUCAGGUUCACAUCAAAACACAUCAAACAUCUUCUGGUGAUUUUUCACAGCUUUAAGUGAAGCUAAAUACGAGUCUACCUCAGCCUUUCUGUAUUACAUCAUUUGUGAAAUGCAGGAGUGCAUAAUGUGUCCGAAACAGUAAACAGUUCCUCAGCUGUUCCUCCUCUCCGAAUGUUGUAUGUGAUCAAGUCCAACUAGAAUAAAAAAGUCACCGCAGUGCUUCAAUGAUCCUGUGUGUGUGUGAUGCAGUCAACAGACAUGAUUUUUAUAUUUGUUAAUGUUGUUGUUUAAUGUUUGAGAUGAAAAACACGUUGAAGCACCGUCACAGAAUGAUAUUUCAGAUAUUACAUGAACUCUAUAUUAAUGUUCAGCCACAGUUCUUACUAAAAACAUGACUGCUGUGAUCACAUAUUUUACAAUGGAUGAAAAUUGUUUUCAGUAGUGCCAUGACUGUUUGAUGAUAAUGACAUCAGUUUAUUAAAAGUGUGUUUUCUG